CUGAGAUUUUGGGGAAUGAGAUGUCGCUGAUCACAAUUUUCAGGUGGCUCAAGAAGCUGCUUCACUACGAUAACAAGGAAGAAGAACAACGCCCCCGCGAGGAAGAUGAAGAUUGCAUUUCCAUCUUGGCAGACGCAGCAUCACAGCAUUUUUCGUUUCCAAGGAAGUUCAGUUACGACGAGAUCCAAGCUGCAACGAGUAAGUUUGUCAGAAAGCACAAUCCAGGAAAUGGUAAAGUUGCUUACUUCGAAGGCAGACUCCGCAGCUCUGGAAAGAGAGUAGUUGUGAAGAAGGUCGAGGCAAGUCGAAGGUUGAGCAAGGAGGACUUCAUGGAAGAAGUGACGAAAAUGUCCAGGAUCCAGCACCGCAAUUUGGUGGAGCUUCAAGGUUUCUGCCUCCUCCGGUCCAGCUUCUUCCUCGUCUACUCCGACUACAUGUACAGCAGGACGCCCCUGGAUAAGCUUCUCUUCGGCAACAGUGACGAUGCCCUCCGUUGGACCUCCAGGUUGCAAAUUGUUGUUGAUGUUGCAAAAGGACUCGCUUGCCUUCACUCAAACAACGUCCUCCACCUGGACUUGAAGUCCGAGAACGUCCACCUAGACAGCAACUUUCGAGCAAAGAUCUCCGACUUUGGAUUCUCCAGCCUUGCCGCAGAAAAGACGACGAUGACUGUACGAGGCACCCCCGGCUACAUGGCACCUGAGUGGCUCCAGAUGCGAGUGAGCGAGAAGACGGAUGUGUACAGCUUUGGAAUCCUCGUGCUCGAAGUCGUGAGUGGAAAGAAGACGAUCCACUACGAAAAACAGAUGCUCAGACACCUGGGAACCUGGGCCUUUCAAGUUGCUCACAGAGGCCGCCUCCUCGAGAUGGUGGACACCAAAAUACUCCCGGAGGUCUCGUCCCACAGCCGGCAGAUGAAAAACCUCCUCAAAAUCGGGCUUUGGUGCAUUCAAGCCGACGCGAGGAUCCGGCCCUCCAUGUCGAGUGCCGUCAAGAUGCUGGAAGAAGGACGCAGCAUCAUCGAUCCGCCUCUGCCUCCUCUACCACGGGAAGAUGCAUCCAUAGACAUGGACUUCUCGCUGAGCGUGGUUAUGGAGAUGAUGCAGCACCGUCAAGACUACGGGAAAAAGAGCAGCUUCUUCAGAAAGUAGAGAAUGGGGUGGCAAACCUACGUACAAGUGCGUAUAUCGGUCACUUGUACAGGCAUCAACCUCAGGCUCAGCUGCAAGAGCUCAAGUUCUAAGUCAUAAGCAUGUAUACAAAAACGAAGUUGUAGUAAGGCUUACCAGUGAGCGUGAGAGGAGAGCUUUCUGUAUAGCAGCAUAAGAGACUCAAGCUUGUCUUUUGCUUUCUAGCUCCAA